UUAAAGAUGAAAGGAAUGGAUAUAUCGAAAGCCAUCAUGGAACAGCCAUCCAGCAGCAGCAGCCCCGCCAUCGACCGAUACAAUCCCAUCAUCACCGACUCCCGGAGAUGCGCUGCCACCCCUCUCCCGCCCAUCCAUCCCACCUCGCCCACUCCCACUCCCACUCCCAGCAGGAAGAGCUGGAACUGCACCAAGCCGUCCGACUUCAUCAGCCCGCCCGGCUCCACUAGGUACUUGCUGAGCGGCAAGGACCUGCUCAACACCUUAUCCGAUUUGGAGCCCAAAUUAGAUGAGUCCAAACACUCCUCCUCCUCCCCCUCGCCCGAUCAGGUGGUGGUGCUUAGAGUGUCGCUGCACUGCAGAGGCUGCGAGAGGAAAAUGAGGAAACAUAUUUCUAGAAUGGCUGGGGUUAGGUCGUUCAACAUAGAUUUUGCAGCGAAGAAGGUGACGGUGGCCGGAAAGAUCACGCCGUUGGAGGUGCUGUCGAGCAUAUCCAAGGUGAAAAACGCGCAGCUAUGGGCUCCCACCAUAACAUCCGAAUUCAAAGGAGCUUGGCUCAAAGACAAAGGGACUAGCCGUCUAGCUCUUCACUCUUGAAUUUCAUCAACCAUCAAUCAUAUCAUCUUCCUCUUUUAGAUUAAAUUUAUUGCUCUCUUGGAGUUUACUUCUCAAUUUCUUCACUUGCUAUAUGCUAAAUCUUCUCUUACAAAAUUACUAAUGUUACAACAUACUUUUUCACAAA